GAGAUGGCAGAAUAAGCGGGUUUGUUAACAGAGUGACACAGUCCACGUUCCAGAGCCAGCGAACAGGAAGGACUCAGGUUCCCAUGAGAGCAGAAGUGUGUGUCGCAGGAUCUGUAUUUUAAGCGUAUUUAAACAAGCAGAGAAAAUCAGACACGAGGGACAUUCAUCUGAGCAUCACAGUCAUGGAUGCAGAGACUAUUGAAAUUGCAGCCCUUGGACGACCCCUGCACCCUGGCAUGCUGUAUGACUGUCGCAAUGACACCUUUAUCCCAGGAGUCUUACUGUGGGAUCAAGAAGCCAUCAGAAAAGAUGUGGAUGUGAAACCACAGCCCCACACGCGUGUUGCUGUUAGCACAUGUGACUCCCUCAGUGAGAAGACCCAGCUGAUGGAGAUCAGUGCCUCGCUGACAGCAAGCUUCAUAGCAGGGCUCGUGACGGUGGAGAGGUCGGGCAGCUACCUGAAUGACACAUUGUCCUCCAUGCGACAGUGCAGGGCCACAAUGCACUACAAACAAACGACUGAGUUCAAGCAGCUGACUGUGACCCAGGUGGGCAAUGUGAUAUACCCCGAAGUGUUUGACCAGAAGAGUGCCACCCAUGUGGUGACAGCAGUACUGUAUGGGGGUGAGGUCUUCAUGGUCUUCGACCAGAUGGCAUCAAAUGAGGAGGACAAGAAAGUUAUUCAGGGGAACCUGGAUUCGUCCACCAUUAAGAUCUCUAAAGUUGAUAUCAGCAGUUCGGGAAAAUUGAAGCUGACAGACAAGGAGAUGAAGAAGGUGAAGAAGUUCAGCUGCACGUUCCACAGCAAUUUAGCGCUGGAGCAAAACCCCACCACUUAUGAGGAGGCCGUGCAGUUGUACAAAAAGCUCCCGGAGCUAAUAGGGGAUGGGAGUAAAGCGAUGCCUGUGAAGGUCUGGCUCUAUCCUCUGAUGAACCUGGACCAAUGCGCAGCCCAGCUGGUCACCAAGAUCAGUGAAAAUCUGGUGACACUUUUGGAAGUCCAGAUGGGCCAGCUACACGAGGCCCAAAUGAGAGCCGACGACGCCACACAACGAUGUGAGGCCAUUAAGGUCACAGAUUUAAAAGAGAACCUGGUCGAAUUCAAAAACAUAUUGGCCACUUACAAAGACACCCUCCAGAAUAAUCUGAGCAAGCUUCUGCCAGCUAUCCGGGGUGGGACAGAGGGGGAAGAGAAACUGGUGGCCACUCUGAAAUUCAUCGAUGAGUCAUCAUUCACUCCUGACAAGAUGGGAAAAUGGCUUGAUGAUAAAGAGUCUGAAGUAGGGGUGCUGGAAAGCUACAUCAAUCUUCUGAAGCAUUGUGACAUCAUGCCACCUGGACCUGAGCUGAAUGCAGUUCUCGGUGAUCCAACCAUUGACCGUGUCUGCAUCUUCAACUUCACCUCUCUGAAGAAGGAGGAGCCGUACCUCUCAAACCUGUUUGAGUGCCUGGCUUCUGAAGAGUUCAGGGCAAUGCAAAACAUCACUGUAGCUCAGGACCUCAGCUUCAAAGAGGAGGCCCAGCCUUGGUUCAAUGACCCACAGAUCUCUGCGGAGAUGAGACGAGUCUCACUGUGGGAUCAAGAAGCCAUCAGAAAAGAUAUGGAUGUGAAACCACAGCCCCACACGCAUCAAGAUCUUGGAAUCUGUACCUCUCUCAGUGAGAAGGCCAGGCUGAUGGAGAUCAGUGGCUCACUGAAAGUCAGCUUCCUGGCAGGGCUGGUGAAGGUGGGGGGGUCGGGCAGCUACCUGAAGGACAUAUUGUCCUCCUCACUCCUGACAAGAUGA